AUGUCAGCUUCUCGCCCGGCCCCCAUCAUCUUCAAUGCACGGGGUACCCGGCCUGAUGUCCGCCUCCGCGUUUUUGAUACUGAAUUCCAUGUCAGUUCAACUAUUCUACGAUUAUACUCCGCUCAUUUCCUCAAAGCUUUCGGCUGGCCAGGCCCGGAAACCCAGAGUUCUGGUAACUCCGGAGCUUUCAAGUACGAAUGGGACACAAUAGUGGAAGAGGAUGGCGAUUGGGUCCUGGUGUCUGCUAGUACCAUUGAUCCCAAAAAAAACCAUCCCGAAGCCCUCAAGGGUGAGAAAGAAGUCCAUAUCAGAGUGUUAAACAGUCUCCUAUGUGCCAUGUAUCGAGAGCCAUUCAUGAUAGCCUCGGUCAACGAGCUACAACAACUGACGAAGAUAGCUGACUACUAUGACGCCUUGGCAGCCCUUUCCCACUCAAUUCUGCAACCCCUUGUUGAGGACCGACUUGAUAUUGAAGGCGAUGCGGUAUUAUUGGUUCACAUUGCCCUCAAGCUUCGACACAAGAUUCUUUUCCGAGAAGCCGUUCUGUUCUUGGCCGGCAAUUGGGACGACACUGCAUUCGAAUCUUACAUUGAAUUGCUCGAACCGAAAGUGCAGAAGGUGGUUAAAGCCGAGAGAGAAGCAAUAGGCCUCAAAGUUGCACAAGCUUUUGAAUUUCUGACGAGUAUUAGAAGUCAGGUUUGGAUCGUCUCCCAGCAGCUAUCGAGACUGGAGCAAGAUAGCGAAGCGACGGUUCCGAAUGUUUUCAGUGAGAUCUAUCACUAUUUUGAGGAAGUUGACGAAGAUGCGUUUGCAGUGAAAGAAAAGCUGGAACAGCUGAUGGCAAAUAAUGUUGCAUUACAUGUGGGGUCCGGAUCUGCCGGAGAAAAAUCACACAGGAAUCAUUUCCUUUGUUCCAGGGUUCCGGACGAGGAUUUGCCUUGGGAUGAUAAGAAGGACUUCUGA